AUGUUAUCUACUGACGUUAUGUCUCGAGGUAUAGACAUCCAAGACAUUGAUUGGGUCCUUCAAUUUGAGAUACCCAAGCUGUCGAGCUGGUUUGUGCAUCGCUCAGGACGAACUGCUCGUUGUGGUAGAGAUGGCAAUGCUUUGCUGGUAAUUACUCCGCAACAAACAGCCUACAUUGACUACUUACGGAAGCACGAACAGGUGGAACUGAAGCAACUCUCUGUACCUACCAGCAAUGCAUCGAAAGCGGAACAGCUAAGAGAGAAAAUAGCGAAGAUUUUAUGUUCGGAUCGGGAGGUUAUGGAAGCAGGAUCUCGAGCCUUUGUUUCCCACAUUGAAAGUUACGUCAAGCACGAUUGUAAUAUAGUGUGCGGACUGAAAGGUAUGUCAACUUUUGUGAUAGUUCGCAGUCUUUUGGUAUUUCUCGUUUAUGUGAGAGCACCAUUUAAAAGAUAUUUUUCGAUUUGGUUUAGUGGGAAUAUAAUAAUAUUAUGCUCAGAUUUGGACGUUGCCGGAUUGGCACAUGCAUAUGGCCUUCUUCGGUUGCCGAAAAUGCGAGAGCUAAGUGGCAGGAAAGAUUUGGAUAACUUCAAGAGAAGUGAUGUUGACACAUCGACGAUAAAAUACGCCAACCCGGCCCUGGAGAAAAAACGAAAUGAGGUGCUAAAUCCGCUGUUUCGAACUAUUAUGGCGGAAAAGCAUGAAAAAAGAUUGAAGGCGAUGAAGGAGUUCAUGGCUAAGAAGUCAGCGAACAAGGCGAAAGAAGGCAAGCUAGUAAAGAAAGGUGGCAAAGCACAGAACGGAAAGACCAAGGACUCGAAGCCACUGAAAAGGAAAAUUGAGCAGAAUGCCGCUGAAGAGAAGGACGAUUUGGAAAAUGACAUGAAGCUCAUGAAGAAGAUCAAGAAGGGAAGGUUGAGCAAAAAAGAACUUCGGAAUGUGUUGUAA